AUGAUUGCACCAGGUGGCGUACGUUCCAGAGGGGUGGCGUACGUUCCAGAGGGGUUGGGGGCGAUUGUGUUCACUGCGGAUGGCGACAUGAGGCAGGCAGGAGCUAUGAGCGUGGCGUACGUUCCAGAGGGGUUGGAGGCGAUAGUGUUCACAGCGGAUGGCGACAUGAGGCAGGGGCUGAACAACCUGCAGGCCACUGCCACUGGCUUUGGGCUAGUCAAGGCCGAUAACGUGUUUCGGGUGUGCGACCAGCCGCACCCACUGAAGGUAGCAGCGACAGUCAAGGCGUGUCUAUCCGGUGACAUUGACACGGCAUGCGAGGGCAUCCGGGACCUCUUUGCUCUGGGCUACGCUGCGUCUGACAUCAUCACGACGCUCUUCAGAAUAGUCAAGAACUACGACAUGCCGGAGUUUCUGACGCUGGAGUUUAUACGAGUGAGUCGCCUCUCUUUUGCCUGUGCAAGGUGGGUAGAUGGGUGCACAGGGGUUCAGAUGGGUGCACAGGGCGUCAGAGGGAGCUAA